CUUUCUUUUUUUUUUUUGCAUGGUUUCACCAAUUAAAUUUAACUAUCAUAUUCCUACUCUGUCUCUCCUGCAGCUUUUUGUCUUGUAUUCCACGUAUACUUUAAUUUCUGAAAUGGAAAACUAUGGUGCUGACAAUAAUGGGGAGUUUAAUAGAAUUAUAAGUGAACUAACUCAGGGUAGGGACCUAGUUUAUCAGCUCCAACUCCAACUCAAUUCCUCCUCUUCUUCCCCCGAAACAGCUCGAGAUUUCUUGCUUCAUAAUAUCCAAUCCAAAUUUGACAAGGCUCUUUCUUUGCUCCAGUUGUCUACUGGAGACUCUUCUAAUUCACUACUUCCACAUUCCAAUUCCGUGCCAAUACCCAAUUUUGGAAGGUCUGAAUCCCCACCAUCAUUCACUGCGAGUCCCCCUCACAGUGAAGAUUCUGAUCGUGACCUCGAACCCAAAGACUCUGCUACCCGCAAGAGAAAAAGCAGUACGCCACGGUGGACAAAGCAAGUUCAAAUUUGUCCCGGGGCACCAAUUGAAGGGACUCUUGAUGAUGGUUUUAGUUGGAGAAAAUAUGGGCAGAAAGAUAUUCUUGGUGCCAAAUAUCCAAGAGGAUAUUACAGAUGCACGCUUCGACAUGCCCAAGGUUGUUUGGCUACAAAACAAGUUCAAAGAUCCGAUGAAGAUCCCACAAUAUUAGAAAUCACUUAUAGAGGAAGGCACACUUGUAAUCAAGGCGGUGCUAGUGCCAAUAACAAUAACAAUAACAAUAACAAUAACAAUGUCAUGAAUCCAGCACCUUUGACUAUAAUACCUCAGAAUCAAGAACCAAACUUAGGAGUUGGAUCAGGAAAUGAACAUCACCAAAUGGUCUCUGUACCCAAUCAAAAUCCACAGGAAAUCCUCUUGAAUUUUCAGAGAAACCUCAAUAUCUCCAACGACAAUAAUUUCAACUUCAAUUAUGAUCCUAACAAUGUGCCAUUUACAUCUUUCGCUUCAUCGUCCGAUAUCAAGGCUGAUCAAGAUUACAGCUUUGUGCCUAAUUCCAUAAUUCCAAGCAACAACUUUGUGGAGAAUUUUUCUCCUUCUUAUAUGUCUGCAGGAACUUCAGGGUCGUCGUCAAGUUAUUUUGGGUUGUCUUCUAAUUCUGAAAUGAACACUUUUGGAGGGAAGCAAAAUGGUUCGAAUGACUACCCAUUUAACACAUCAAACUUCCCAUUUGAUUAUCCGGGAUUCUCUUCCUAAUCCCACCAAAUGUUGCAAAAGGAAGUGACUUAACCAAGAUGAUGAGCUGCUGUUAAGUGUUGACCACUAAAAUCAGGGAUUAACGAGCUGCUGAAGCUAAGCCAGGGACAAUUUUGCACCAUUUCUUUUUGCAAACAUUGCAUUAGGAUUGAGCAUGCUAGUUUAAAUUAACCCAUUUCCAUUAAUAGUAUCUGUUUUGUUGGUCAUCUUUACGUUGUACUUUCUGAAUUAAUUAUCUCUGUUGGAAGCUUUAUGUUAGACUCCAUUAUUGGAGUCGAUUGUGUUUACCCGAAAAAUAGAUAGAGUUGAAUUUAUAC